UCAGAAAUCGGUUUUCUCAUCACUCCAUCCAAACGCCCCUUUCUUGCGGCGACCGUUCUUCAGCGCGCCCCGGGCACUAAAUAUACUGUGAAGGGCCGCAUACCCCUUGCGCGCAUCCUCGUAAUCGGCCUCCUAAAAGCAACGCCGCACCCCAGCAUUUCAGCCCUCACGCCUCGACUGCUGACACUCAACGCCGAUCGACAGCGCUCCGAUAUUUUCGAUUCUCGUCUUCCUUCGGAUUGCCCUCCAUUCUUUGGGAUUGAUGCGUGCUGCACGGCUGCUUGUAUUCUAGUCCCGCCCCAGUCCCUGCGCCGAAAGACAUCAUCGCGAUACCCCUGUCCAUAUUUUCGCCCUCACCGACACCAUGAGGCUGCGACAGCCGCGAACGUCGGCGCUUCUCCUGCUGCUCCCCGCACUGCACGCCGUCGCCGCACAGAUUCUCACAGACGUCGAUGAUACACAAGUCGCGCGGGCGGCGGCGCCCGAAUAUUCCGAUGCCAGCGCACUUCCUGCCUCGACCCCAUCGCCAGCGCCGAGAGGCACCAAAGAUGCCCCAGUAGACGGAUAUGAUGGAAAGCCCCACGAAGGUCCUUACGUUUACGACGACAAAACCGUAACGUCAAAGAAGGGUCCGGGAGGGAUAGAAGAGUUGCGGCCAGGUACGCGUAUCAGCCCGACGCAGGAGAUGACCAAAGAAGAAUGGGCAGCGCUAGCAGAGGAGGACGACGGCGUCAUGAACGACCCAGAUAGGGCGUCGCCGAAGGGCAAUACAGGUACAGAAGGCGGCGUGUCAGCCAAGGAGAAGGAACGCCUGGCACACGAGGACCGUACAGGCGAGAAGAUGGAGAAGAUACCAGAGCCACCGAAAGAGGCGCCCCCGCUUCCCCAUGGCGAGCAGCAGCACUUAAAAGAGAAGCAAGACACUCAGACGCAGACACAAACACGGGUGCUCGGUGCGCAGGGGCUGGAGAAACCCACCGACCUGCCCGAUACGCCUCAUGAUAUUCCGCAUCCACUCCCUCCUUCGGCCUCGAAAGGCGACCCGCUAGAUACAAGUCCACAACAGAAGAUAUCUGACUCCGGCGACAUGGACGAGGGCGACGCUGGCGGCGUCAUCCAGCCCUUCCAUUCUUUCAUACUUUCCUUUAUGAUGAUCAUCUUCUCCGAAAUUGGAGACAAGACGUUCCUGGUUGCUGCGCUGAUGGCCAUGCGCCACCCACGUCUCGUCGUCUUCUCUGCCGCAUUCUCCGCGCUGAUCGUCAUGACGGUCCUUUCAGCAGUUCUGGGCCAUGCCGUCCCGACUCUCAUUCCGGAGCGUUUCACACAUCUCGCCGCGGCGGUGCUAUUUGCCGUCUUUGGGGUGAAGUUGUUGCGGGAGGGUCUUGCUAUGAGCCCAGAUGAAGGUGUUGGCGAGGAAAUGCGAGAGGUUGAGCAGGAGCUAGAAGAGAAGGAAUCCCUCGCCAGACGCCAAAGCCGCAGAAAGUCCUCCAUCUCUCCCUAUGUCCUCGAAUCUGGCCGAGCCACCACCCGCCGAUCGAGGUCAAAUUCACGACUGCCCGCCCCCGCUCGAAGCCCAUCCUCGUCGCCCGCCCGUUCACCGUCUCCAAGCGGCACAUCGAUCUCUAGCAUGCUCAGUGGCCUCAACAACCUCUUCUCUCUUCUUCUUAGCCCUGCAUGGGUGCAAACCUUCGUCAUGACUUUCCUUGGAGAAUGGGGUGACCGAAGCCAAAUCGCUACAGUAGCCAUGGCUGCUGGAUCAGAUUACUGGUGGGUGACGGGCGGCGCCGUCUUCGGACAUGCUCUUUGCACAGCCGGAGCAGUCAUUGGUGGUCGUGCAAUUGCUGGCCGGGUCAGUAUGCGCAAGGUCACUCUCGGAGGAGCCAUUGCAUUCCUCGCGUUCGGCGUCAUUUAUUUCGUUGAGGCUAUGUACCACGAGUAGAAAUCACCCCCAUGAGCAUUGCAUGGCGUCCUUGAUUGCGCGGCUGACAUCGGCCACAUAUCUAUUGUAAUACCGCUCGCGAGAGCUACCGUCCGAAUUUUCGCUUUGUAAUAUUAAUUGUAUGGGCGACACGGACUAUAAGGCUAAAAACGGACUGCAAGGCGUUCUGAAUCGGUUGGCGUAUUGAGGGACCCAGCAUUUUGUGAUAUAGAGGGCUGCCCUGGGAGUCGAUGAGGCAUCAUAUCUACCACAAGGCGCUCUCGUCGCGAAUCCACUAUCUUAUGCAUG